AUGCAACGCUUGGGUGAGAGAAACACUUUGCUGUUCACAGAAAACCAAUAUAUUUGUUUGUCGAAGUUUCACUGAGGGCAUAAAGAGAAAGGCAAAAUGACUCGACGUAAUUUGUUUUUGAUUGGCAUUACCUUGGGUAUCUUAGUAAGCACGCACGAAGUUUUUUCUAAUGAAUGUCCUAGCCUUGGUGAUUUUUUAAACGAUGACUCACAGAGAUCUUUGGAGGGAUCGGUAUUACCAAAAGAAGCUUGGUCAGAAGGAUUUCGGAAAGAGCUUAGUUUCUCUAUUCCGGAAGAUAUUGAAGGUUGGAAAAUCUUGAUGGUCUUCUCGAAACCUGUGGAGCGGCUGGAAAUUUGGAGGGCAAGAGUUGCAAAAAUUGAAGGUGGCAAGGUUUUUCAUCUAACUAACAUGCCUUGGAAUAAAAAGCUUCCUGAAGGAAAUACAUUAACAAUGGCGUUUUUAGCCAGAUUUGAUGCUGGAGAAGCCCCGGAGGUUUGUUUUGCUUAUCUUCUAUGGGAAGGCACCCCGAGUCCCUUUCCACAAACAACCGAACCAGUGAAAACAACUGAACCAUCAACCGUAAAUCCUCCCGAGACAAACCCCCCUUCAACCACACAACCAGCACCAACAACUGAACCAGCUGCCACGACGACACAACCUUCAGUAAACCCAUCGUGUUCAAAAUACCUAGAGUUGCUUUUGGAAGUAUCAAAUCAGAGAUCUUUGGAGGGAUCGGUAUUACCAAAAGAAGCUUGGUCAGAAGGAUUUCGAAAAGAGCUUAGUUUCGCUAUUCCGGAAGAUAUCGAAGGUUGGAAAAUCUUGAUGGUCUUCUCAAAGCCUGUGAAAUUGGAAAUUUGGAAAGCAAUGGUAGCAAAAAAUAAUAAUGGCAAGGUUUUUCAUCUAACUAACAUGCCUUGGAAUAAAAAUCUUCUUAAAGGACAAAAAUUAACAAUGGUGUUUUUGGCCAGAUUCGAUGCCGGAGAAGCUCCAGAGGUUUGUUUUGCUUAUCUUCUAUGGGAAGGCACCCCGAGUCCCUUUCCACAAACAACCGAACCAAUGGAAACAACUGAACCAUCAACCGUUAAUCCUCCCGAGACAAACCCCCCUUCAACCACACAACCUGCACCAACAACUGAACCAGCUGCCACGACGGCACAAGAAACAACUCAGACAGCGCCACCCACAACUCAACGACCAACAACUGAACCAGCUGCCACGACAGCACAAGAAACAACUCAGCCAGCGCCACCCACAACAACUGAACGACCAACAACUGAACCAGCUGCCACGACAGCACAAGAAACAACUCAGCCAGCGCCACCCACAACAACUCAACGACCAACAACUGAACCAGCUGCCACGACAGCACAAGAAACAACUCAGCCAGCCCCACCCACAACAACUCAACGACCAACAACUGAACCAGCUGCCACGACGGCACAAGAAACAACUCAGCCAGCCCCACCCACAACAACUCAACGACCAACAACUGAACCAGCUGCCACGACGACACAAGAAACAACUCAGCCAGCGCCACCCACAACAACUCAACGACCAACAACUGAACCAGCUGCCACGACAGCACAAGAAACAACUCAGCCAGCCCCACCCACAACAACUCAACAGCCUCUCACUGAACCAGCUGCCACGACAGCACAACCUUCAAUUAUUCCAUCAUGUUCGAAAUACGACUACAACGAAGUACUUCAUAAGUCUAUUUUAUUCUACGAAGCACAAAGAUCAGGAAAACUUCCAGCAAAUAACCGCAUUCCAUGGAGGGGAGAUUCUGCUUUGGAAGAUAAAGGCAACGCAGGUGAAAAUUUAGCCGGAGGCUGGUACGAUGCUGGUGAUUUUGUAAAAUUUAAUUUCCCCAUGGCAUUCUCAACGACACUGUUAACCUGGGGUUUCAUUGAAUAUGAAAAAGCUUACUCAUACUCUGGUGAACACGAUAGAAUGUUAGAUUCAAUAAAGUGGCCCCUGGAUUAUUUCAUUAAAGCUCAUGUCAGCAAGAGCGUUCUUUAUGCUCAGGUGGGCGAUGGUGACGCAGAUCAUGCACAAUGGGGUCGACCAGAGGACAUGACUAUAGCUAGACCUGCAUUCAAGAUUGAUAGCACAAAACCAGGUUCAGACCUAGCCGGAGAAACCUCAGCAGCAAUGGCAGCUGCAUCCAUAGCAUUCCGAAAAACUAAUUCCCAGUACGCCGACACUCUCCUCGGGCAUGCAAAGGAGCUAUACGAGUUUGCUCAGCUGGAUCGUGGAAAGUAUUCGGACAGUGUCCCUCAAGCUGCUUCAUUUUAUAGAUCAAGCCAUUACGAGGAUGAACUUGCCUGGGCAGCAGCAUGGUUAUACAAAGCAACCAAUGAUCCAAAUUACCUUCAAAAAGCAGAGAAACAUUUUGCAGAGUGGCCACAAUUUCAGAAUCCCGCGUGGGCCUUCUCAUGGGAUGAAAAAACUGCCGGCGUACAAAUGUUGAUGUAUGAUUUGACUGGCAAGGAUAUGUAUCGGCAAUAUAUUGAACGUUCUUUGAACGAAUGGCUUCCAGGUGGUUCUGUUCAAUACACUCCCAAAGGUUUAGCCUGGCGUAUUAAAUGGGGUGCAAAUCGAUACGCGGCCAACACUGCAUUCUUGGCACUGUUAGCUGCAGAUAAAGGCUUAAAAAGCGAGGCUUUUGAACAGUUCGGUAGAAAUCAGAUUCAUUACAUGUUGGGUGACGCUGGUCGCAGUUUCGUGGUUGGUUUUGGUGAAAAUCCGCCUCAACGUCCUCACCACAGGUCAAGCUCAUGUCCUGACAGACCAGCAUCAUGCACGUGGCAGAAUUAUAACCAGCCAGGUCCAAACCCACAAGUAUUGAAUGGUGCUUUGGUUGGUGGACCUGAUAACGAUGACAGCUAUCAGGAUAGACGAGAUGAUUUCAUAAAGAAUGAAGUGGCUUGUGAUUAUAACGCUGGUUUUCAAUCUGCUGUGGCUGCACUAAAAGCAAGAGAGAAGUGCAUGUGACAGAAAACUCUAAGAGUAAUUGAUGCAUGUAUACGAUGUUAAACACUCACGUAUAUUAAUGUUUAUUUUUUGUAUAGCGUAAUCUAAAAUGCUAGACAAGCUUAUAUUUUGUCACUUUUCACGUAAUAUGCAUACAUAAUCACAACAGGCACCAUAUAUGCAUCUUCUUUUUACCUGUUUUUAAAUACAU